UAAGACAAGGGAGCUACAAAGUUUCAGAUUCGCGAAAAAUCACUGCGCUGAUUUGCCAGAAAGAUCCCAGCUGACACAUGUCGUUUUAAAGCAUCCAGCAGACAACAGAGGAGCAACAUGUGACGGUGGCGCUGUUUGUGCUGCUGGCAUCAUGUCUUACUUGGAGUGGGCUGAGUGUCAGCUUGCAGAGCUCGAGCUGCUGACCAGCAUGUUUCCAUCCCAGGAGGAGCUGGAGAUCACAGACCAGCUGGCUCUAGCAGAGCUCAGGGACUAUGUGGAGGGCUCCGCUUCAACAGACAGACCUCCUCCUAACAGACCUCAGUUACUCAUCAAACAGAAGCUGGACACAGCGAGCAUGGAGAGGACGGAUGUCGUUCUAUCCUGUACUUAUCCAUCCGAAUACCCCAGUGUGUUACCAGAGAUAACAGUCCGGUGUGCUGGUCUCAGCAGGGCCCAGCAGACACAGCUCCACACGGAUCUCAAUGCAUACCUCAUGGAAAACUGCUAGGGGGAAGUAUGUGUGCUCUCCGCUGUGGACUGGGCGAAAGACAACCUGCAGCUCUUCAUUAAUAAGAGCUUAUCAGCAGCUACGGCUUCUAAGAAAGAGACUUCCUCUCCGCGGCCACAGGAAGUGUUCAGCCGACUGUGGAUUUACAGUCACCACAUCUACAACAAGACGAAGAGGAAAAACAUCUUGGAGUGGUCCAAGGAGCUGGGCCUGUCAGGAUUCAGCAUGCCUGGGAAGCCGGGGAUUGUGUGCGUGGAAGGUCCUCAUUCUGCCUGCGAGGAGUUCUGGUCCAGAGUGAAGGUUCUGACAUGGAAGAAGAUCAUGAUUCGACAUAGAGAGGAUAUUCCCCUUGAUGGUCAGGGCGAGGACAGCAGGACUGUUGAAAGUAUAGACUCCAUGCGCAAAUUCACAGGCUUUGAAGAGGCAAUGUUUGACCCACAUGGGAACAGAGGUAAUCACAUGGACCUUGGGCAGCUCUACCAGUUCUUAAAUGAGAAAGGCUGUUGUGACGUCUUUCAGAUGUAUUUUGGCAUUGAAGGAAGGUAGUGGUCAGACCCGGAGAAUAUAUAUACAUAGGUAUUUGACUGGUGCCUUGUCAGUGAAGUCACUUCUCCUGAAAAUAAGUGUUAACUUAAAAAUGAAAAUGCAUUCAUUACUGUUUUCCACAAUACAAGCACGCAAAUGGAUUGUGAGCACGUGGUCAUAUGUGCCUGAAAAACUGAAAUAACUGAAUAACCUUUUUAAAGAUGUUGCUCAGCCGUUUCACCUGGGAUUUUAUCGGGGUAAGCGGCAGAAAGAACAUUUCUGCAAUUUUGAGAAACUAAAACUUCUUUUUAGCUAAUAGGCAUGUUUUUCAAAGAGAAGCAUUAAAAAGAUGUUUAUCUGAGAGUUGUCUCGAGGACCUCAGUUAUAUUUGCAAUUUUAAUACUCCUGCAAGGAUCACACCUUGCCCUAGGUGUUUCUUUCCUCAAAUGGCACCACUGUGUAUUACUACCAGGCUAUUAUAGGAUUUUCAGGUCUGAUACCACAUUAAUAAUUGGACAACAUAGUCAACAAUAUGCUAGGUAUCUGUUUAUGAAAUCUGUUGAUUUUUCUCUUAUGAAUUAUAGAUAACAUAACCGUGGAAAGUCUCUCUCUCCAAUUUUCUUUGAAUGAUUCGUUCUCAGAUAAAUUGUGCAUAAUUGUGGAUUACACUCUGGUGAUUAAAACGUGUGGUUAUUGAA